ACACAAGCUAGCUAGUCUACAAAGUAAGGCCAGCUACAACACAACUACACAUUUGUGGAGGAGAGAGAGAGAGCGAGAGAGUGAUGACAAGGAAGAUGUUCAUGGCGACGGGGGGCAAAAGCGGCGGCAGUAGGUAUAGGGGAGGGAUGGUGUCAUUGAGGAGGAGGAGGCCGUUCCAGCUCAUGGUGCUGAGGAGGCUCCGGGAGCUCAAGAAGAUCGUGCCCGCCAGCACCGCCCGCCGCCGCGAGGCCGACGUGGACGCGCUGCUCCGCCGGACGGCCGAGUACAUAUGCGUGCUCGAGCUCAAGGUGGCCGUCCUCCGGAAGGUUUCCGCCAUCUGCGGCGCCUAGCUAGCUCGGGCGGCUCCAGCUAGCUAGCCGGACCGGCCAUCUCGACAUUUUGCAUGUCAGCUUACGCUGCUGUACAUGUAAGAAGAGAGAGAGAGGGAAAAAGAGCAUGCAUCCCAUGAUCCAUCGAUCCAUUUCUUGCCGUCGCCGCUUCUUUCUGUCUCGCUCUCUUCAGCUCUACUUAAUUGCCUUCCCUACCAUCACCAAUUAGUAGCAGCAGUAUUAGUGUAGUAGUUUGUUGUACCUCCUCUAUGUGAUAAUUGGUUGCCUUUCCUAACACGGGAUGGGUGUGCGUUAAUUAUUAGUUAAGCUGCCUG